CGCGUCCACACCGACGUGUAAAAGUCGGAGACGUAUCGCCGAUUUCUUCGGACGCCCAGAAGAGAGUGGAACUGUCAUGGAAAGGGCAGUAGGCGCAAGUCUCUCGUCAAGAAGACGACGUGGCGGAACCCGAAGCGUUUCCACGCCUCCUCGCGAAGCACUGUGACGAUCGCAAGACUUUUAGGGUUUUCACUCGGAACGCGAUUCCGAUGUCUUGGAACAGUUUCGAGAUCCUCCGGUUCUUGAUAACGUCGGCAAUUUUCCUGAUAUUUUAUGAGCUAUAAUCGAGGCGCUUCAGCUGCUAAUUUGUAAGUUUUGUUCAUGGGAAUCAAGAGCCCAUGGAUUCCCGGGAAAAUCUUGUUAUCCUUCUUGAAAAAUUGAAUGAAUUACUUGGGGUUUUGGAGUUAUCCGACGGUUUGCAUAUAUGGGGACGCUUCUGCAUCUGAAUUUCUCGUGCUUUCUUUGCGUAUUUAUAAACAUAUUUUUCUGGUAACCAAGAUUUUGAGAUUGCGUGGUUUGAUGUUAUAUAGUUUAGAACUUUUCCUGACUCAAUGUGUAGUGGUUUUUUUGCUGCCCAUAAAGCUGUUGCAUUUCAUUCAGUGAUUUGAUAAUUGCUUUUAAAAAAGAUGAUGAAUAGAGUUCGAAGGAAAAGAUGCGGUUUUUGAGGGAUUGGAUGGUUUGUGGUAUAGUCAAUUUUGCGCUGGGAUAAAGGGAAGCUCGGGUUUUGUCUGCUGGCAAAGGUCGCCUUUGGGAUAAUAGCAGAUAUGAUGAGCACACAACUUUUUAAUUUUAGAAAGCACUCCUGGCCUCCAGAUGAGUAUGUCAGCAGGGCUACGCUGCAGCUGUUGGACUUCGAUGGUGGUGCUCCACCAGAACAGGCAUGGAGGAGGAGACUCAGUAGUCAUGCUAAUAUACUAAAAGAAUUUAGUGUGACAUUCAUGGAGGCAAUCAGGAUGAUGCAUCUUGGCAUUCGUCUGUGGUCUUAUGUCCGCAAAGAAGCUUCUCAAGGAAGGAAAGCGCCUAUUGAUCCAUUCACACGAGAAAGAUGCAAGCCCUCAGCUUCUCUAGGAGUUCCCCUUGGAGGAAUGGGAAGUGGUAGCAUAUCAAGGGGUUUCAGAGGGGAGUUUAAGAAUUGGCAAAUCAUUCCUGGUUCAUGUGAAUUGUCACCUGUCAUGGCAAAUCAGUUCUCUAUUUUUAUAUCCAGAAAUGGAGGAAACAAAAGGUACUCAUCCGUCUUAGCCCCUGGCCAACAUGAGGGGAUUGAGAAAUUUGGUGAUCAGGGUAUAUCAUCAUGGGAUUGGAACUUGAGUGGUCAGCAUUCCACAUACCAUGCUUUAUUUCCUAGAGCAUGGACUAUCUAUGAUGGUGAACCUGAUCCAGAUCUCAAAAUUUCAUGCCGUCAAAUAUCACCAUUCAUACCUCAUGAUUACCGGGAAAGCAGCCUUCCUGCAUCAGUGUUUGUUUACACUCUAGUGAAUUCUGGGAGAGAAAGAGCAAAAGUCAGCUUGCUUAUGACCUGGGCGAAUUCUAUUGGUGGAAUUUCUCAUCAAUCUGGCGGCCAUAUCAAUGAGCCAUUUAUAGGAAGAGAUGGAGUCUCUGGGGUGCUUUUACAUCACAAGACCGCAAAUGAUAACCCGCAUGUUACUUUUGCUAUUGCUGCAUGUGAAACUCAAAAUGUCAGUGUGACAGUUCUUCCAAGUUUUGGGCUUUCCGGAGAAAGUUGUGUUACAGCUAGGGACAUGUGGGGUACUAUGGUUCAGGAUGGAUGUUUUGAUUGGGAGAAUUUCAAUGCUGGUCCUUGUAUGCCAUGUUUGCCUGGAGAGACUCUUUGUGCAGCAGUUUCAGCUUCCACCUGGGUCGAACCUCAUGCAAAAUGCACUAUUGCAUUUGCUUUGGCUUGGUCAUCUCCUAAAGUGAAGUUUCAGAAGGGCGGUGCUUAUCACAGGAGAUACACAAAGUUUUAUGGAACUUCAGAAAGAUCAGCUGUCGAUUUGGUGCAUGAUGCAUUGACAAAGUAUAAGUGGUGGGAGGAGGAGAUUGAGAAAUGGCAGAGUCCUAUCUUGAAGGAUGAAAGGCUUCCGGAGUGGUACAAAUUCACUCUAUUUAAUGAACUUUACUUUCUAGUUGCCGGGGGAACAGUUUGGAUAGAUGGUGGUUCCAUUGCCGAAGAGAAUACCUGUCAGAACAAUUCCACAAUAAUAAUGAACAAGGAUGCAAGAAUUAUGUCUACAGAAAAUAGCAGCAUGGACCUGAUGGCUGAGCAUAGUGCUGCAUGUACUGGAAUGGAAAAUGCUGAUGCUAACGGGGUUCCAGGAUCUUUAAUUUCGCAAGACAACUCUUAUGAUGUUGGGAGAUUUUUGUAUCUUGAGGGAGUAGAAUAUGUCAUGUGGUGUACAUAUGAUGUCCACUUCUAUGCCUCUUAUGCACUUCUGUAUCUCUUUCCCAAAAUUGAAUUGAGCAUUCAGCGAGAUUUUGCCAGGGCUGUCUUGUUUGAGGACAGAAGAAAAGUGAAAUUCCUAGCAAGUGGUACAUGGGGAAUCCGUAAAGUCAAAGGAGCUGUUCCACAUGAUCUAGGAAUGCAUGAUCCUUGGUAUGAAAUGAAUGCUUAUAAUAUUCAUGACACUAGCAGAUGGAAGGACCUUAAUUCUAAAUAUGUCCUUCAAGUGUACAGGGAUUUUGCAGCAACUGGUGACAUGUCCUUUGGGAGGGAUGUCUGGCCAGCAGUUUGUGCUGCAAUGGAGUACGUGGAGCGGUUUGAUCGUGAUGGUGAUGGUCUUAUCGAGAAUGAUGGGUUCCCAGAUCAAACAUAUGAUACUUGGACAACUCAUGGCGUCAGUGCUUACUGUGGGUGCCUCUGGCUGGCAUCUCUCCAAGCCGCAGCAGCAAUGGCUCAUCAUCUUGGAGACACUGCUUUUGCUGAAAAAUUCCAGAUUAAAUUUUUGAAAGCUAAACCUGUGUUUGAAGCCAAACUGUGGAAUGGAUCAUACUUUAAUUAUGACAGUGGGAUGAGCAGAAACAGCCGAUCCAUACAGGCAGAUCAACUGGCAGGCCAAUGGUACACUGCUUCCUCGGGAUUGCCCUCGCUGUUUGAUGACACAAAAAUUAGAAGCACUCUUCAGAAGAUAUAUGAUUUCAAUGUGAUGAAGGUCAGAGGAGGGCGUAUAGGGGCAGUCAAUGGAAUGUUUCCUAAUGGAAGGGUCAACGACCAUUGCAUGCAAUCUCGUGAAAUAUGGACUGGGGUAACAUACAGUGUUGCAGCCACUAUGCUUCUUGCUGGAAUGGAGCAUCAAGCAUUUACUACCGCAGAAGGCAUUUUUACAGCAGGUACUGGUUCCAGACCCCAGAAGCAUGGACAGUUGAUGGGCACUACCGAUCCCUUGUGUACAUGCGUCCGCUGGCUAUUUGGGCCAUGCAAUGGGCCUUGUCACCUCCAAAAGCAAUUCUCAAGGCUCCCAAAUUUAGUACAGACAGAAUCUACACAUCGCCGCUUUAUGCAAGAACCCUAGAUGAUGAUGGUUUGAGGAAGAGGACAUCUAAAAGCAGGUGUUUUCCUAGAACUGUUUGUCACUGUGCUAAUUAAGGACAUUGGUUGUGGAGAUCUCCUAGUGAAUGAUUCAGAGGAGUUGCUGCUAUUAUUCUUUGUAGCAUUUGGCAGGUGCAGUUAGGACCCAUCCAUCAUGGCCAAGAUAUUUUAACUGUGUGACAGUUGCACGAUAUUGCUCAUAGAGCUCCAGGAUAGUAAAUUAACUUCUUAGAGCCCUAAUUGGAUCUUAGCUUUUGGUGCCAUGAGAAUCAGAAUAUACAGCCCAUAAUUUAGUUCUAGGCUUGAAGAUUUUCGUCAAAGUAAAACCUGUAAUUAUUUAAGGGUGAUCAAGAGUCUUGUGGGAAAUAUUGUAAUUUAUCUUACAGAAUGCAAAGGUUCAGAAUAAUUAGAUCAUCUUUCGAUAUAAAGUAUAACAUUAUUUA